AUGCACGAGCACACCGUGGCGAGGGCGUGGGAGGCGACGGUGCGCAAGGGGCAGCAUCCGCAGCAGCAGCCCGGGGGCAGGCGCCGGGUGGCCCCGAUGCUGGCCGCCGACGACUCCGAGACGGCCUCCUCCUCCGCCUCCUCCUCCGCCGGCGUCGACGACGCCGACCCCAACCACGCCUACGUCGAGCGCGGCCUCCCCAACGGCGACUUCUACACGGGCCAGUGGCGGGGCGGCGCGCCGCACGGCGCGGGGAAGUACCUGUGGACGGACGGGUGCAUGUACGAGGGCGACUGGCGGCACGGCAAGGCCACGGGCCGGGGCAAGUUCUCCUGGCCCUCCGGCGCCACCUACGAGGGCGAGUUCCGGGACGGCUUCAUGGACGGCGCCGGCACCUACACGGGGGCCGCCGGCGACACCUACCGCGGCGCCUGGUCCAUGAACCUCAAGCACGGCGCCGGCCGCAAGAGCUACGCCAACGGCGACCACUACGACGGCGCGUGGCGCUCCGGCCUGCAGGACGGCGCCGGGCGCUACGUCUGGCGCAACGGCACCGAGUACGACGGCGAGUGGCGCGCGGGCCUCAUCCACGGCCGCGGCGCCCUCGCCUGGUCCAACGGGAACCGCUACGACGGCGGGUGGGAGGACGGCUGCCCGCGCGGCCAGGGCACCUUCCGCUGGGCCGACGGCAGCGUCUACGUCGGCUUCUGGACCCGCGACAGCCCCUCCGGCAUUGUGCAGCAGAAGGGCGUGUACUACCCGUCGGCCGCCGCGUCGUCCCCCAGGGCGCGCGACCCCCGCGACGUCUUCGCCAGGGAGCUGCCGGGAUUCAUGGGCAGCGCCGGCGCCGGCGCCGGCUCCGAGUCCACGCCUGUGCUCAAGCCGAUCAACAGCUCCGGCAACCGGACGGCCAAUCGCCGCUCCAGCUCCGUGUCCGGCCUCAGCAAUUGCUCCGUCGGCGACCGCAAGUACGACAAGAUCUGUAUCUGGGAGUCCGACGGCGACAUCACCUGCGACAUUGUGGACGGGGCCGCCUUGGUCGACGACGCGCGGAGGAGCAUGAGGAUGGAGGACGGCGCGGACGGUUUGGCACUUAUGCCGCCGCCCUCGCCGGCGCCACGAAUCGCAAAGUGGGUGGCGCCGCCGCCGCCGGAGGCCAAGCAGCAGGGGGAGACCAUCGUCAAGGGACACAAGCAGUACGAGCUCAUGCUCAACUUGCAGCUCGGGAUCAGGCAUGCUGUUGGGAAGCAAGGUCCAGUUACGCUUGAUCUCAAAUCAUCGGCUUUCGACCCAAGGGAAAAAGUAUGGACGAAGUUCCCCCAGGAAGGCUCAAAACACACUCCGCGGCACAAUUCUUGUGACUUCAAAUGGAAGGAUUACUGCCCGCAGGUGUUCCGGACAUUGCGCAAGCUGUUCAAGGUUGAUGCUGCCGAAUACAUGUUAUCCCUCUGUGGAAACGAGGCACUCCGGGAGCUCUCGUCUCCUGGUAAGAGUGGAAGCUUCUUUUACCUAACACAUGAUGACCGGUACAUGAUAAAGACAAUGAAGAAAUCGGAAGUGAAGAUGCUUUUGAAGAUGCUUCCAGCUUACUACAACCAUGUUCGUGCGUUUGAGGAUACUCUUGUAACCAAGUUUUUCGGUCUACAUUGUGUUAAGUUAGCUGGGGCAAAUCAGAAGAAGGUUCGCUUUGUCAUAAUGGGAAAUCUAUUCUGCUCUGAUAAUUCUAUCCAUAGGCGUUUUGAUCUGAAAGGCUCGUCUCUUGGCCGCACAACUGGCAAGUCACAAACUGAGAUUGACCAGUAUACAACUCUGAAAGACCUUGAUCUGAACUUCAUAUUUAGAUUAAACAAGCAAUGGUUUCAAGAGUUUCAAAGGCAAGUGGACAGGGAUUGUGAUUUCCUUGAGCAGGAGAAGAUUAUGGACUACAGCCUCCUGGUGGGUGUACAUUUUAAGCAUAAUGGACAGAAGCUUCUGACUGAUGGUUCCGCUGACAAUGAUAUUGACACGGUAUCAACACCUCGGCUACAUAGAGAUCAGUUUCUUGCUGAUCCAAAUGGGUUGUCUAAAACCAAACUCGGGACAAGGAUUCCUGCAAGAGCUGAAUUGACUAGUAGGAAGAAUGAUUGUGAGCCGCAGCUCCUUGGAGAGCCAACCGGGGAAUGCUACGAUGUUAUAUUGUAUUUUGGGAUUAUAGACAUACUACAAGAUUACGACAUCAGCAAAAAGUUUGAGCACGCAUACAAGUCUUUUCAGCAUGACCCAACCUCAAUAUCAGCGGUGGAUCCAAAGCUGUACUCGAGACGUUUUAAAGAUUUCAUAUACAAAGCAUUUCAAGAAGACAGCUGAAAAACAUCCCGAAGCUUGACAACUGAACGAGGCCCCCCGAUGCAGAUGAAAUUUAAAAUGUCAAAGGAACGUUUGACCUCUGCACAGCGAAGUGGGGUAUCCGUACUUGUGCGCGGUCAAUUGUCUGUGCAAGAAUGGAUGAGUGCGGCUUCUGGUUGAGAGAGUUGCUCCCGGAAAUGGUCAGGCUAUCGCGUAAAUAUAAAUUAGUUUAUGUUAUACAUAGAAGAUACAUAGGGCUCACUAAUAUUUUUGUAGGUAGGAGAGGGUAACUUAGUGAUUCAACUUACAGAUAGGAAAGCUGUAACCACAAGUGCGCAAGCCGGUCUGGCAGUUGUAAAUGUUUUUUUGUUUAUUACAUGAGGGUAGCGCAUGUAUUAGAAAUUCUUUUGUUUUACAACAGGAACAUCCUUGGACUUGUCCUGUCUCCACAUUGUACAAUGUUUUUUGGGACCUGGCAUGGGAGGCAGGCAGGCAGUGAUACCUCAGUUUUGUUCUCCUUUCCUGGAGUGAAUGAUCGUGUCUUGUCCAUUUGCCAGCUCCCAAUGAUGCUACACCAAAAUGG